AAUCUGAAUUUGCUUUGGUUAUGCAGGCGAGUUUGUCCCGAAAAAUAUAGGAUUAUUAAUUGUUUCAUUAAUUAAUCAGUAUAAUGGCGCGUAAUGUUGUUGAAACAGCAAGAAAGUUUCUUUUAUUAGGUCAAUGUGUUCCUACAGUAAAACAAAAUGCUGCCAAAAUAAGAGUUAAGAGGUUAGAAUUGGACGAAAACUUGUUAAUGUACUUCAGAAAAGAUGAGUUCUAUUACUGCCACGAUCCUCAAAAAGUGUGCAAGACAGGAGACAUUGUUCUAAUUCAAUCACUGCCUCAAAAGCUAACAAAGCUGAUCACACAUGAAGUAAAAGAGGUUGUAUAUCCAUUUGGUGAUAUUACGGAUCCUAUAACUGGCAAGAAGGUGGCUAAAGAAAGGUACAGAGAGGACAUGGAGAGGCAGGCAGAGAUAUACGGAAAGUUGGAUUCUACCUUUGACUAUGAAAAAGCACCAAGCAGAGGCUGGCAAGAUGGAAAGAAAGACUUCACAUCCAAACCUACAUACACCAAAUUCCAUGUAUUUGAUGAGAAUGAUCCUUAUGCCAUUUAGAAAUGUUUUUGUUAUUAGUGUAAAUAAUUAGAAAUAAAGUAUCUAUGUAGUCUAUAA